CGGCGGCCGGGGCGGAAAGUCUGACAGAUGAGACGGGCACACAACAUUCGGACGAUUCUUCCAACUUUGGUUUCGUUUUCUUUCUCUAUAUAUUGCCUCGCUUUGUGCGGAGAGCCUCCACCCCGGCCUCCGUUUGGCUCGUUGUUGACUCUGGGAAGACGUUUCAGCGGCGAUAAUACACGUAGUUAUUUAACCAAAAUGGCUGAGGAGAAACUUCAGAUUGCGAAAGAUGUUACUGGAUUGAUAGGUAAAACACCAUUGGUUUACCUCAACAGCAUAGUGGAUGGUUGCGUUGCUCGUAUUGCUGCCAAGCUAGAGAUGAUGGAACCCUGCUCUAGUGUCAAAGACAGGAUUGGAUACAGUAUGAUACAAGAUGCAGAAGAGAAGGGCCUCAUUACGCCUGGCAAGAGUGUCCUCAUUGAGCCAACCAGUGGCAAUACUGGCAUUGGCUUGGCGUUUAUGGCAGCUGCUAAGGGUUAUGAGCUGAUAAUCACCAUGCCUGCUUCUAUGAGUAUGGAAAGAAGAAUUAUUCUUCGUGCUUUUGGAGCUGAAUUGGUGCUUACAGAUCCUGCUAGGGGAAUGAAAGGGGCUGUUCAGAAGGCAGAAGAGAUACAAGCAAAGACCCCCAACGCCUAUAUUCUUCAGCAAUUUGAAAACCCUGCCAACCCAAAGAUUCAUUACGAGACCACGGGACCGGAGAUCUGGAAAGGCUCAGGUGGGAAAGUGGAUGCCCUUGUUUCUGGGAUUGGUACAGGAGGUACAGUGACUGGUGCAGGAAGGUACCUUAAAGAGCAAAAUCCUGAGAUCAAGAUAUAUGGUGUUGAACCAGUUGAAAGUGCCGUUUUAUCUGGAGGAAAACCUGGCUCCCAUAAAAUCCAAGGGAUUGGUGCUGGCUUCAUUCCUGGCGUACUGGAUGUCAAUCUGCUUGAUGAAGUUGUUCAGGUAUCAAGUGAGGAGGCUAUUGAAACUGCCAAGCUUCUUGCUUUGAAAGAAGGUUUGCUGGUAGGAAUAUCAUCUGGUGCUGCUGCAGCUGCAGCAAUUAACAUAGCUAAGAGGCCAGAAAAUGCUGGAAAACUCAUUGUUGUGGUGUUCCCCAGCUUCGGAGAGCGUUAUCUGUCAUCGGUGCUGUUCGACUCCUUGAAGCGGGAGGCCGAGACCAUGCUCUUUGAGCCCUGAGUUUCUCUGAAGCAGUAAAAGUUGCUAUCAUCUUGUGAUUGCUGUUUGUGGCUUUCUCCCUAAGUUCUGGUACUAAUAAUAGUUGGUAGAUGUUUGUAUUUGCAAAAUGGUAUGAUGGCUCUAGUUUCUGAAAGAAAAUUAAGUUUGAUAGUGCUGGGUCUUACCGCUUUGCUUUGUACAAAUGCUUUCCCGUCACUGAAUAAGGUUUUGGAUGAUCCCUUUCUGAAACCAUUGGGUAUAUAGGAUCUGCAUAUUUAUCUUUAAAUGGAAACAAGACAAAGCUAUUGUAAUUUUAGUUUGUCAACGUGGGCUGCUAGCCCUGUGACAUGUUGACAAUCUAUCUUCGGCCCGUCACAUUCGUUCGAUUUGCUGACAAUUUGGACUAUGGUUUGUUUGAUUGUUCGAUUUUUGA